UCUCACUAAUAGUGAUGCAGUUUGGGUUAUAGCUAUGUCCCGCCCUCUCUAGUCAUGUUAAUAUAAGUGAGUGGUUAAGAGCCGCUGUGAGUGUGGUGUGAACAGAUCUAGAGGUUAGUGUCUGACCACACUGUCCACAGAAAUGAUGCUGGAGCAGGUCGUGCUGUUAGCAGCCGUCACAGUGUUGGGAUUGCUGGAGCAAGCGUACUUCUCUCUGAAGGUGAUCUACGCGCGGAGGAAGUACUCGGUCUCUCCGCCUGCCACCACCGGACCUCCGGAGUUUGAGAGGGUCUUUCGAGCCCAAGCGAACUGUUCAGAGUAUUUCCCGCUGUUCGUCUUCUCGCUUUGGCUGGCUGGAGUUUUCUUCAGUCAAGCGUUGGCAGUGUUGUUUGGGCUGCUGUAUCUUUAUGGACGGUAUCUGUACUUCCACGGCUAUGCGGUGUCUGCUCAGGGCAGACUGGAGCCGCUGUACUUCAGUGCAAAGAUGCAGUGGGUGCUGAUCGCUCUGGCCGGGCUGGGGGUCAUCUGCACCAUGACACAGGCCUAUCUGGGACUGGACCUGCUGCACUCCUUUAGUCAUGUUCUGGGCCUGACCGAACACACAUGAAAGAUCUGGACGUCUGCAUGAAGCUGAAGACAGGGAAAGCUUUAGCACCUGCAAUGGAAUAAGUGAUAAAACCACAAAUAUAUAUAUCUUUUUCUCCUUUUAAAAAGAUUUAUAUAACAAUUAUUUAUAUAAAAAAUGAAUACAGGCUACUAUUAAUUGCUGCAGGAAAGACUCAAAGUGUGUGAGUUCAUUUUGUCCAUCAAAUGGAAACAUCUCUAGUUAACUCAUGCAAAACUAUCAGUUAUUCAAAUGUUUAAUAACUUUAUAGAAACCAUAACUGUUAGUAUUUUCAAAUAGCUAAAAUUAGUUUACUUAAUAUAUUAUUACGUUUAUAUUUCAACUAGAGGCUUUUAACUGAUUUUCGUGUUGACAAUGUCUACCAAUGGACAUAAAUAUGGAUCUAGCAGGAGAAGUCUGUCUUGUUUUGCAGUGAUGUGGUGCUUUUGAUCAAUUUGAUGUUGUUUGUCUAGAUAAAACAUUUUAUGCAUCCAAAAUACAAUUAAAAUGUUUCACUUUUGGAAUAAUUUUACAAAAAUUAAAACUCGACUGGAAAUGAUGCACAAUAAAAAUAUUCUGCUCCCAAGUGAUAUUUAGUCAUUUUUAGUAUGUUUUCUUCAUACAUCAUGUUUCCUGACAGUAUUGAUCCAUUGGUAAACAAGGACAUUAAUGCUAGAAAUAUCUUUAUUGCAGCAAAAAUCUAUAUAUAUUUUUUUCAAAUACCACAAAGAGACACUUCUAUUUAAAACUGUUACCCCUGGGAUGUGUAUAUAUAUAUAUUUAUAUAUUUAUAAUAUUUUCUGUUAACUGGUAAUAUGUAAAUUUAUGCAUUUCUAAUCUAUGCACAUUUAUAAAAUUUACUAGAUUAAUGUUAAAGAGACUUUGCAUAAAAAUGUCAAAUUCCUAAAAUGUUUGACUGAAUUGUUCGGCAUUCAAUCUGUGUGUGGUGUUUUGUAUUUUUGGCCACUAGGAGGCGCUAGAACUUUGCACAUCAGUGCCAGUGAAGCCUUGUGCAUUUCCAGUUGUACUCAUCUGACGUAUAUGAGAUGAAAUGCUGAAACUUAUUUUUAUUUUCCAGGACAUUUUAUCUCACCAGUAGAUAAUAUUAAGCAUUAACACGU